AUGAUAUCAUCAUUUGUUGCUUCAGCACCUGCUGAUAGCCGAGUCGAAUCCGAUGGAUCCUACAAGCGCCUAUACUUACCUUACAUUCAAUCAAUAACCAAGGAUGGCACAAAAACGAUUUUGACAUCCGAAGAUUUGCUGAACUUGAGCCAAAAAUUAAAAUCUGGUGAGGUACCGUCGACAACCCUCCACCAACUCAUUGGCAUCAAUAGGUUUUCACACACGCUAUCGGACCAUCAAUUGCAGCGGAUUGCAGAUCAUGAAAUCGCGGCGAUUGUCACCACCCAGAAUCUCAAUCAACCUGGAUUCGGACACUUGUUCAUCACCAUUGACAACAAUGGAAUUGUUCAGACUUUCAUCUAUAAUUUGACUAUGCAAGAAGCUAUGGAGAAAGUUGAGAAAGAAGGUUAUCCGAAUUCAUCAUCCAGUGGCUCUUAUCACCAUAAUCAGAGUCACGCUCCAGCGGCUGAUAACACUUCCGUUGCUUCAGAGCUGAAUCAACAGAGAGUUACACUAGCUCAAUAA